AUGGUGCAGUGGAUAGAACGUUUGCCCCGAGAACAGAAGGUGGAAAGGCAGGGAAGGCGGGAAGGCGGGAAGGCGAGAAGGAGGAAGGGGGGAAGGCGGGAAGUCGAGAAGGAGGAAGGCGGGAGGGCGGAAAGGUUGGGAGGCGGGAAGGCGAGAAGGAGGAAGGCGAGAAGGAGGAAGGCGGGAAGGAGGAAGGUGGGGAGGCGAGAAGGCGGGAAGGAGGAAGGCGGGGAGGCGAAAACGCGGGAAGGCGAGAAGGAGAAAGGCGGGAAGGUGGGAAAUCGAGAAGGAGGAAGGCGGGAAGGUGGGAAGGCGGGGAGGAGGAAGGCGGGAAGGUGGGAAGGCGAGAAGGAGGAAGAUGGGAAGGCGGGGAGGAGGAAGGCGGGAAGGUGGGAAGGCGAGAAGGAGGAAGAUGGGAAGGCGGGGAGGAGGAAGGCGGGAAGGUGGGAAGGCGAGAAGGAGGAAGGUGGGAAGGCGGGGAGGCGAGAAGGAGAAAGGCGGGAAGGUGGGAAGGCGAGAAGGAGGAAGGCGAAAAGGCGGGAAUUCGAGAAGGAGGAAGGCGGGAAGGCGGGGAGGCGUGAAGGAGAAAGGCGGGAAGGUGUGAAGGCGAGAAGGAGGAAGGCGGGAAGGCGGGGAGGCGAAAAGGAGGGAAGGCGAGAAGGAGAAAGGCGGGAAGGUGGAAGGCGGGAAGGCGGGGAGGCGAGAAGGAGAAAGGCGGGAAGGUGGGGAGGCGAAAAGGAGGAAGGCGGGAAGGUGGGAAGGCGAGAAGGAGGAAGGCGGGGAGGCGAGAAGGAGAAAGGCGGGAAGGCAGGAAGGCGAGAAGGAGGAAGGUGGUAA